AUGGGCGGCGGCCAGGGCAAGGCCGCCGAGGGCGGCGGCGGCGCCUUGGAGGCGUGCGACCACACGCCCAUCUUCGCGUGCUACGACGGCCUCCCCGAGGAGGAGGCGAUCAAAGCCAAGGAGCAGGUCGCCGCGUCGUUCGUGCGCGUCGUCGUCCCCGACGGCAAGUCCAUCUUCGAAUCGAAGGUCGGCCGCCGCGACAUGCUCAUCGUGGAAAAGGGCGAGCUCCGCAUGGUCUCGUGCCACGGCGAGAAGAACAAAAAGGACCGGCCUUUGAUCAAUAUGGUCGCCCAGGGCGAGAUGAUAGGCAUGAUGGAGCUCGUACGCGACGUCGAGUCCGAGCGCGACGAGUCCACGGGCGAGUUCCCGACGGACGUCUGCGCGGUCGGCAAGGCGGCGCUUCUCGUGCUCUCGCAGGAGGUCUACCUGAAGAACCUGCUGACGAACACGGGCGACAAGGCAGCGAAGCUGUUUUGUGAUAAUUUCGAAGCGCUCACGUGCGCGUCCGUCGUCGACUGGCUGCGAAAAGUUAAAGUCUUAUCCGGCCUCGACGACGAGUGCAUGAACAAAUUCGCGAACAUCGCCCACUUCAAGUCGAGGUUCGCGGACAAAUUGGUCGUCGCCCAGGACGCCAAGCUCACGAAGCUCCACGUCGUGCUGUUGGGCGCGCUGCGGGUCCACUGCCACGACUCGCGCGGCAACGAGAUCACCGUCGGCCACCUCCAGUCGGGCGACUUCUUCGGCGAGUCGAGCCUGGUCGACAGCGUCCGUGACGACGGAGAGCGAAUGCCUCUUCAUCUACUUCGACGCGGACAAGAUGCGCGAGGUCAUCGAGACGAUGCCACCGUGACGAAGCAGAUCGACGAGUACAUCAAGCAGAGAAUCACGGCCCAGCUCCUCGCCAUGAGCCUCACUUUAUUCGACACCAUGCGGCCCGCGGCCAUCGCGCUCUUCACCUCCGUCUUCGAGAUCCACACGUACGGCCCGGGCGACGUCAUCGUCAAGGAGGGCCAGUCGGGCGACUUCUUCUACGUGCCGGGAACCUACAUGAAGAUUAGCAGGCCCGUCGUCGAUCCGCCGGCGUCGCCUGGGUUGGAGCUGGCGAAGACGGUGUAUGCGAAUAUCAAUAGUAAGUGGUGCGAGGUCAAUGUCAUGGGCCACCGCAAUGGGAUGAUCAGCGUGUCAUGGACUGGCGGGCAGUCGCAGCAACUGUGUUUUACAGAGUUGCCUCGGAGCGAGGUCCGGACACUUGAGGAGCACAACAGUUUGAAAGGGCGUUUUCUUAUUGCGCAGUUUCCCAUGCUUGCGCGUUUCUUCGGUGGUGCCGGAGAGGCGGAGCAGCAGCAGUACAUCAGAAUGCUGGCAAGUGGAGUUAAGUCAGUUGCCGGCGACGCCUAUGAUACUACCGUCAAAGCUUGUGCAGUGGAACGGAAUAUCUCAGACAUCGGGAUGACAGAGGGCAUGAUGAUCGAAAUGUUUGCAAGCGGCCCGCAGACGCCUCAGGAGGCUUUUCUUGGUCACGUCACCUCCAAGCUGGCUGAGGCCAUCAGGACGUCUCAGCAGAGCGGCGACAGUUUGGUUAAGAUCACGGAUGCGUCGACUAAGGUAGCAAACCUUGGCCCUCAGAUGGGGCAUGGCCCCCUUUUCCCGUCCAUGCGAGCCGACACCCAGCAACAUGCGGAGGCAGCAUCUGGUCUCGCCGGGCGUGGUUGUCAGCCAGAUAAUGCCAUGCGCUUAUUCAGCGUCGAAAUCACUGUCGAGAGAGGACUCGUUAUUGGGCUCGAUCGUAAACGGAUUGUUCGCCGAGUGGGCCAAGCAGGAUAA